AUCUCCUUCUUCAACCUCACGCCAGAUUUUGUACUCCCAUUCCCCUUUUUACCCUUUUUCCCCUUUUCUGUUUUUUAAUACUCACUUCACAAAACCGCGUCGCCGUCUUCAAUGGCAUUACCAUUUCCACUUUCGCUCUCUUGAUUCAACUCACUGCAACUUCCAUAUCCUGAUAUACCCUUCUCCAACACCAGAGCAGAGCUCCACCCGAAAACUUCCCACAAUGCACGCUAAAACCGACUCCGAAGUCACCAGUAUCGCCCCCUCUUCUCCGACGAGAUCUCCUCGCCGCCCGGUCUACUACGUCCAGAGCCCUUCCAGAGACUCGCAUGAUGGGGAGAAGACUGCGACCUCGUUUCACUCUACUCCCGUCCUCACCAGUCCCAUGGAUUCCCCUCCCCAUUCUCGAUCCUCCGUUGGCCGUCACUCCAGAGAAUCUUCCUCCAGUAGAUUUUCUGGAUCUCUUAAACCUGGAUCCAGGAAGAUCUCUCCCAAUGACGUCUCUCGCGGCGCUCAUCGGAAGGGUCAGAAGCCAUGGAAGGAAUGCGAUGUUAUCGAAGAGGAAGGUCUUCUCGAAGAUGAAGAUCGGGGAAAAUCUCUUCCUCGUCGCUGCUAUGUUCUCGCUUUCAUUUUGGGAUUUGUUGUUCUCUUCUCUAUGUUCGCUUUGAUUCUUUGGGGUGCUAGCAGACCGAUGAAGCCCAAGAUCACUAUGAAGAGCAUUACAUUCGAGCAAUUCAAAAUCCAAGCCGGUUCCGAUUUCACAGGCGUCGCCACUGACAUGGCCUCUGUAAAUUCCACUGUGAAACUCAUUUUUAAGAAUACCGGAUCAUUCUUCGGUGUCCACGUCUCUCCAACUCCCGUCGAGUUAACAUAUUCCGAAAUCACCGUCGCAUCAGGAACCGUUAAAAAGUUCUAUCAAUCACGGAAGAGUCAUAGAUCUCUCACCAUCAAUGUAAUCGGCACUAGAGUCCCACUGUACGGAAGCGGAGCAAGUUUCAGCAGUUCCACUGGGACUCCGGAAACUCCAUUGCCGUUGAAACUGAGUUUCGUGAUCAGAUCCAGAGCCUACGUGCUGGGCCAAUUAGUGAAGCCAAAAUUCUACAGACAUAUCGAUUGCCCUAUAAUUUUCGAUCCCAAGAAACUCAAUGUUCCAAUAUCGCUCAAGAAUUGCACGGUCGGUUGAAAACGAAACGAAAUCGAGAAUCUCUUCAACAUUUAUUAAAAUCAGUACUUGUUUUUUUUGUUCUUGAGGUGUCUAGGAAUGGCGGACUGCGACAGCUCGAACAGAAACGGGCGACGCCGAACGGGAAGGGUAAAAAUGGAAUAAGUGACAGAAACGGGGUUUCGGCUGACUGCCCGUUUGCCCGACUAGUGCAAUACAGGUUGGUUUCGGGCAGAGACACGUGAAUGGACGUGGGCUUUAUUUUUAAUUUAUUAUAUAUUUUUUUAGUUUUAAAUUAUCCCAUUCUUUUAAUUACGGUUAUGUGUGAGUGACCAUAAAUCAUAAUAUAUAUAAAGUCAGAAUUUAAUUUACAUAUUUAUUGCUCCAUCAUUGUAGUAUUAUUAUUCUUAAUAAUGGAUUACUUAUAUUUUUGGAGUC